AUGUCUAACUCACAACAGGAACAUGUAUCAUUUUGGGCAAAAAAUUUUAUUCUGUUCUCAUUGGGCAGUGUUGCUUUAUUUGCUUGUGUGACAUUAUUCGCAGUGGUUUAUUGGUGUUCAAAACAACGUAAAUCAACAUUACCAUCAGUAAAAAGAGGAUCAUCAAAAAAAUUGUCAUUUAAACAAAUACCAACAACAUCAUUACCAUUAUCAACAACUAAUAAGGAAGGAAUUAAUGGAUCAACGGCAACAAGACCAAAAGAAAUCGUAUUAUAUCCAAUAUUGCCGAAACUUGGACAAGGCACUCAUGUUCAACCGUUUUCGGAUAAUAGUUCAUCGGCAUCAUCAAAUAUGGCUAAAAAAUUACUAAAGAAAAAUUUACUUGAAAGAAUAAAAUACAUUUUCAUCCAAAAAUUACCACCACAUAUGAUCUCUGUUAAAACGAAUAAACAUGCUUGUCUAAGAAUGAAUACAAGUGGUAGUUAUAAUUAUUUAAUGAUGACAAUCGAACUAAAACAACCGCUAUCGAAUCAACCAUCACGCUUAUAUAGACGAAGAAGAGGAUCAAAUAACUCAUUAACAAUUUCUAUUACACCAAAACGUCCAUACAACAGUCCACCAACAGAUUGUCCUGCUGAUGAAUAUUUAUCAACAGCAACAAGACGAUUAACACUCGACGAAUUUCAUAAACAUGCACAAGAUGCUAGACUACUUUAUCAUGAAUUUUGGACAAUACCAACAAAUCAUUUAGAAAAAUUACGUAUUUGCGGAGCUGAUGAACAUUCACGCGUUAAAUUAUCUGAAUUACCCGGUGAUCCCGUUUCAUCUUACAUUAACGCCAAUUAUGUUCAUGGAUAUGAUAAUGAAUAUCGAGCAUUUAUUGCGACACAAGGGCCAAUGUCCAAUACAAUAAUUGAUUUUUGGAGGAUGAUUUGGCAAGAGAAUGUACCCGUAAUUGUAAUGAUUACGAAAUUAUAUGAAAAGAAUAAGUCAAAAUGUGAACGAUAUCUACCUGAUGAUCGAGGCUCUACCUACGGUCCAUUUCAUAUCACCGUUCUUUCAAUAUCACAUGAAACAGAUUUUGAAAUACGACACUUAUGCAUAGAAUUUGAAAAUCAGACACGUGAAGUUCAACAUUUGUGGUUUUCUGGAUGGCCUGAUCAUAGUACACCCGAUCUACCCUAUUCUUUAAUUGAUCUUGUUAAAAUUGUUGAAGCUAGUCGUCUUGAUUCAGAAACGAGUAAAGCCAAAGGUCCAGUUGUUGUUCACUGCAGUGCGGGAAUUGGUCGUACUGGAUGUUUUAUUGCACUUGCCAAUGGUAUAAAACAAUUGAAUAAAGAGAACGUUGUUGAUGUUGUGAAAAUACUAUGCCAGUUAAGAAGGGAUCGUGGUGGUAUGAUACAGACGAAUGAACAAUAUCAAUUUUUAUAUCAAGCGCUUAGUGAAUAUGCAAGGACAUUAGGAAAAGCAUCCGGUAGCAAAAAAAUGUCUGCGCUGCAGACUACGCGUCGUUCGUUAAAAAAAAUGCGGUGUUUGACUGCUGUUAAUUAUUCGAUAAUAAACAUUGAUCGUUUACAAGCAUCUACUACGUCGUCAUCCGCAGCUACUUCAACAAAUGUAGUUAACGCACCAGUCAGAGCACCAUCAAUUAAUUAUACAGGAGAUAGUUUACCAAUCAAUAUGGGUUUGAAUGAAGUGAAAUCAUUGCGUUUGACUGAUAUGAAACGAGGCGGAGGUGGACGUUCAUCAUUUUCCGGUAUUUGUGCAACAAUCUUCGGUGCAUCAGGAUUCGUUGGUAAAGCUGCUCUUGGUCAACUGGCCAAAGAAGGUAGUCAAAUUAUUGUUCCAUAUCGCGACGAUCCAUACAAUCUACGAGAUUUAAGAUUACUAGGAGAUUUGGGUCAGAUUUUAUUUACACCAUAUUAUAGUAAGGACGAAAAUUCUAUUCGUAAAGCAUUGAUGUAUUCAAAUGUUGUUAUAAAUGCAAUCGGUCGCGCUAAUGAAACCCGAAAUUUUUCAUUUGAUGAUAUUUAUGUUAAAAUACCUCGUACAAUUGCCCGUUUAGCGCGAGAAUGUGGUGUUCAACGACUCAUCCAUAUUUCAUGUUUGAAUGCCAGUGAGAAUCCACAACCAAUUCUAUUUCGUAAUGGAUCAAAAUCGUUAAAAGCAAAAUACUAUGGUGAACAAGCUGUUCGAGAAGAAUUUCCUGAAGUCACUAUUCUUCGUCCUUCUGACAUUUAUGGUGAAGGUGAUAAUUGGGUCAAUUAUUGGUUAUCUCCAUGGACACAUUCUAUGUUCUACUACCGUUUUCCACUUUAUGGAAGUGGUGAAAGAACAGUGAAAGCUCCUGUUCAUAUAAACGAUGUGGCAAGAGCAAUCUAUGCUGCUUUAAGAGAUCCAAUGUCUGUUGGUCAAACAUAUGAAAUAUACGGACCAGAACAUUAUAAACUCCGUGCAUUAUUAGAAUUUAUGCUGCAAUAUCUUCGACGCCCACAAUCAUUUAUAACACCUUUAACUCCGGAAGUACUCCUCAAAGCAUUCGCUAAUAAUUUCAAACACCGUAGUUUAUACAACAUUGACAAAUUUCAACGAAUGUACACAACAGAUAUCAUCACACCCGGUUUACCAACAAUUAAAGAUCUGGGAAUCGAGCCAAUCAAAUUUGCUAAAGGUGUCGGACCGCAGAUGGCUUAUAGAAGAAAUAAACGUCGGGCUAUGGAAGAGCCAAGUGAAUUUCGUGUGCCACCACCACCAAAACCAUUUGUACAGGAAUUUGACUAUUCAUUUCAACCGUCAACAUAA